UUGAAGUUUGGUGACAUAUGGGCCCAUGGUGGCUCUUUGGCACUGGCAGCAGCCAUGAGUCUUUUUUCACGGCCAUUUGCAUAAAAUAUUGUUCAGAAGAACAAGUGGGACAUUUGCAUAUUUAAGUCGGUUGAUAAUAAGCUAUGAUGAUGAAAAUUUUGCUGCCUGCCCUGCCACACAGCCUCACUGUGACCUCAUUAUCCAACUCUACAGAAAUUUAGGAACCUCAAUAAAUAGAGGUACAAAAUCAAUUUGGGCUUCAAACAAUUCCUCGCUUUUACAUCAAGCAAAUUCAGCAAAAACCCUCUCUCUCUCUCUCUCUCUCUCUCUCUCUCAACUAUAUUUUGCAAAGUUUUAGUGAUCAUUUUAUGGGUAUGAUGAUUCGUUUACCUUCUAUGGUACAUGGAGUGAAGCACAUUCUGAAGCUGCAGCCUAAAUCUCAUCAUGAUGAGGUUCCAAAAGGGCAUGUUGCAGUUUAUGUAGGAGAAAUGGGAAAGAAGAGGUAUGUGGUUCCAGUUUCUUACUUGAACCACCCUUCUUUCAAAGUGUUGCUUAAGAGAGCAGAGGAAGAGUUUGGCUUCAACCAUCCAAUGGGUGGUCUUACAAUUCCAUGCAAAGAAGAGACCUUCAUUAGCCUCACUUCUCAGAUGGGUGCCAGACAAAGACGAUGAUGAUUGGACCAUAGAACAAUCUUCCACAAUUUUGAUUUCUUUUUUCUUUUUUCUUUUUGGGUUUUGUUUUCGCAGGCUUAGGAAUGAUGGGAAACCAAACCCAUAUGAGAUUUUGUACAUGUAAAUGAGUAGGGCACUAGGUAGGGAAAUUUAGGUCAAAUUGCAAUGUGAUGUGGUGACUUUGGUCCUUAAUUCUG